AUGUCUAAAAGAAAAGCUAAUGCCGAACCUGGGAAGGUAACGAAAAAGCCAGUAAAACAAAUCCCAAAAUUUCAAUGCUCCUUAUGCAUACCUUCAACUAUUAUAUCUGAGUCGAAUGCAAGAAAUUUAGAUCAAGCUACCUCAGUUGCAUAUCAAGUUGCAAAGGCAGCAACGCUAUUUAACGUUUCUGAAAUAGUCAUCCUUAGCAUCCCAGAAGAUAAAAUAGAGUCAAAUAAGGAAUCCGUGCUGAAUGCGAUUACAAUUCCAAAUGAUCAAGGUGGAAAAAAACUUGUGUUUAAUUUUGCUGAUGACAAUGCAGCAGGAAAGAUCAAAGAGAACACAACAGCAGAAGGAAAGUCGCCAAACAAUGAAAAGACUGACGAAAAAUCUUUGAUACUUGCUGCUCUUUUACAUUAUUUUGUAACUCCACCAUAUCUAGUCAAAAGUGUUUUUGCUUCGAGCAAGUGUGAUAAGAAAUUCAAGUACGCUUCAAAGUUGCCUAAGUUGAGUUCAUUACCAUUCAUGUCUAAUAACAAUGUUUUCAAAGAUUUCAAAGAAGGAUUGACUAUACCAAAACAUACACCAAAGAUAAAGAAAAAUAACAAGAAAGUAAGUCCUUUAAAAAAGCUUGCCGUAACCAAAUAUGUCAAUAUAGGAGAGCCUAAACCUAUGGAAUUAAAGGAACAGCAAGUGCCUGUUAAUGUUAGAGUUACAGUAGAUCUCAAAAACAAAAAAAUUGUGAGUCCAGUGGAGGCUUACGGUGUUAUCGGUGCUAAGUCUUCCUUUGGAUACCAUGUUAGAAUCUGCAAAUCAUUUAGCGAUAUAUUCAGAGAGAGUUCAUUUCCGGACGGUUAUUCAUCAUCUGUUUACGUUAACUGUAACAACUUCUUUGACUCGAAUGAAAAACCAGAUGAAACAGAAGGAUUGACUUCUUUUGAGAGAGCUAAUAUUACGGAUAGAGCUAAUGUGUUGUUGGUGCUCGGAAACCCUAAUGACUAUUCCCUCAGCUUUUCGCGAGACGCUUCCAAUUUAGAAGGUGUACAGUCGUUUGCACAGAUGAUGGAUUCAAAAAUGCUGAUACCAGAAGGAGCGAGAAUAGAAGAUGGUGUAACAAUCUCUCUCACAAAACUAUACAGUUAA